ACCAAAAUGCCGAAAAAGGGUAAAGUGAACAAGUUGGCGCGCAUGUCCGAUGAGGAAAGGGCCCGGUACCUGCAACAUCGCGCUGACGUUGAGGAAGAAGCACGUAGAAGGAAACGAGAACUGGUGGCCAGAUUCAUUAAGAACAAAUUGGACAAAGAAGAACAAUUUGCAAAAAUAAACACCGCGAAGAUAAAUCAAGAAUGGCGAUACAUUCUGCGCAAAAUAAAAUGCAAGCAAAUGGCAUUAGACAUACAGGGUAUGUUGAGCAGCUUCAAUUUCCUGCUGGAGAGGAAAAAUCGCCUCCUAAACUUUCUUAUGCGCUCUACAGAGGAUUCUGAUGACCAGCACCGAAGAGCUUUUCAAGCUCAUACAGAAACUUUGAGCUAUUUUCUCAAAAUUGGAUCCCAGCGUCUCGACAAGCUACAAUCCGCAUAUGAACUUCAAAAGAACAACUUUCUCGACACUUGGGACAAAGAGGAAAUGGAUAUCACUGAUAACCAAGAUAGAGCUGAGUUUAAGUUGACGCUUGUGAAGUACAUCCAGGAUAGUGACUUUCAAACCUAUAAGAAGGAGAAGGAAAUAGAAAGAGCUACAAAGAAAAAUGAUGCACGGCUUGAGCAUGAAGAAGAAAUGCACAGCCUUUGUAAGCCGAAGCAGCUGGAAAUAGACCUGUACUGGACGAAACUGCGCGACAUCUACAAUAUGUACUUGGAGAAGCACAACCCGAUAAUGGGUCACUAUAACAGUCUGCGGGAGAAAGAUGAAUUCUAUCAAAGCGAUAUCGCCAAAAACGAUAUACAGAUACAACAUGCUACGGAAAUUUUACUGACUCUUCAAAGUGAAUGGAUCAAAACGACGAAUACGAUGAACAAUAAACUAAUGCGUAUGAGCAAUCAUAAGGAAGAAUUGGCAAAGAAGUACUGGCAAAUGAAAAGGGAAACCAAAACUGCUAGAGGGAAAGAGGAGCAGAUGCUGUCUGUAUUGGUCGAUGCUAGUCAGGAUGCCAUAAAGCGACUUCAAAAUGUAAAUGAAAAGUUGGAAAAAAUCAAACAAAUGAGUGAAAUCUGCAGUAAAUAUGAGAAAGAUCAGGACAAACUAUUCCUUGAAGAUCCCGACUCUUAUGGAACUAAUGACGAUUUUGACACAUUGGACAGUGCCAUGAUUGAUGAAUGUAAAGAAUACAAAAAGAUGGACAAAUUCCUCCUAAAAGUAAAUAGAGUAAAGGUCCAGACUAUGUGCCUCAAAACAGAGAGGAACAAGCUCGCUAAAGAAAACAUUCAACUUAAGCAAUACAUCAAGAGAUACCUCACAGAACUAGCCCUCAAGGGUGGUAAAGAGAGGCCCUUGAGUAUGAAGCUGCAAUCCGAAAUGCAGAAAAUAGAUUUGAAUGGGAAAUUAUUAAAUCGACCAGUGACUUGUAUUGAGGGAGCCUUAUCGAAUGUUGUGCUGCAUGAAAAAAGGAUGAAGUUGCAGGAGAAAAAGACUAAGGAGUUGGGAUCCAUCAGGGCCUACCCUCGCGUUUGUUUGUAA